AUGUCUUCUUCAUCUCUCCCUCUCCUUCUCCAACCAUCGUCCCCUCUCUCAUCUUCUGUUACCGGUCCACCGCCGUUUGACUCUCACCGGAGCAUCAUAUUGAACAAAGUAUUUUGGGCAUCAAAACUGAACAGGAUGGAUAAUCGUAAUGGUUUGGUGAUGAUAGCUGCAUGCAUAGCGUUCAACAGUGGGAUGUGGCUGCUACGAUUCACAGAAGGACUUGCAAACAUUGGGAAGACAGAUGGGGAUUGGGUGUUCAUCAAUGCGGCCUUGAUAGCUCUAUGCAUCUCCAUGAAUGUGCUUGUUGUUGAAAUGAGUGUGGGAGCCACAAUCUGGAAAAAGAUGGAGGAGCUUGCAAGGAAAGCCAUUCUUAUUGCAAUCAUUGCUAUGGCGAUUGCUUUUCAUCAAAUUUUUGUUAUGGAUGACUUCUGCUCGAGGUUUAUGAGUAAUGGGUCAUUCAUUUUGUUCAUGGUUCUCGCUUCUGGAUUAAUCUUCAUUCAGUUGAUGUCUGCAGGCUAUGUAACCAAGUAGAGAUGCGACCAAAUUAGUAUUAUAUUGAAUGAUGUCGUCUUUUCUUUUAUAUUAUCUAUUGAAUAUUAUUAGUUUGGAUAUGUGACCAAAUUAGUAUUAUAUUCUGUUUAAGUUUUAG